CCAGCGUGCGGAGACGUCACAACGGUCCGCAACAUUCGCAUCUGGAUGGUUCUCGGUCCUGGUGCGUGCGUACUUCCCUUCUCCGCCGUGGGUGUCACACUGUGAUAGCGGUGUGAUUAACAUCUUCAGAACGCGUGGGUGUGUGUGGGGGUGAGAGAGUGUCUGGUGUGUCCAGUGUCCUCGUGUGCAGGUCUCCGAUCAACCACAGCAACCUCACGGUCGGAUCAGCGAGUCAAACGAAGAGAUAUUGAUAUGCCCGGGCGCACCAGAGAUGGCUAGAGGUGCCAACGCGUGGACUGCAGUGUCUCCAGCCGGCCGUAGGUAGAGUUCCGGCCCGGAACUCCUUUUGCGGCGGGCAGAUAAAGAGAUCUCCCGAGCAUCCCAACCAUCCUCCAAAUCCUGCCCACGUUCAGCUGCAACAUCUCUCCCGAGAAGCACGAUGAUGGACGCACCCUUGAACCUCAACGAAGCCGGCUACUUGGGCAGCUUUCUGUCGAACAGCCUCAAAACGCAUCAGCUCGAGGUGAACACCGACUCGAAGACGCUACGCCCGAUCGCACGCCUGAAGGAGCCGCGGGAACUGUUCGCACUGCCGAAGGAACGAGACUAUGAUUGCCCCCAGCAGGCCCCCCGAUGGCCCAUCGAGUGUCAGGUGCUUGAGGAGCGCGUGUAUCACCUGGACGACGCACCGGAAACGCCGGAACCGUACUACCAGCCGACCGGCAAGGAGUUGCAACCGCGCCCGGUAGGCGAGGAGAAUGGCAUCAUCGUGUACAACUACAACCCGACCAGCGCCGUGCACUACUUGCCGGUGGAUGACGAGGUAACGCAGCCCGAGCCCGAGCCCGAACCGUGCCCGGGGAAGGGUGGCGGCUCGGUGCUUCGGCAUCUUCGGCAGCUUCGCCGGCGGCUCCAGCGCACCCUGCUGCAGUGGGAGGCGAGCGAGUACGUCGACCGGGACUACUCGUACGAGGAGAUGAACGAUGCGGGCGAGAUCCUGCCGUACGACGAGGAGAACCAGACCGUCCAUCAGGUGGUGGAGGAGUCACCGACACCCGAACGGGAGCUUGUCGCCAUGCAUUUGCGAAAACAGGCGUCGGCUGGCGGCGCAUCGGGCGAAGGGAAUGCCGAGAAGCAGGUCGAAUGUAGCACAGCGUGUGACAGGGAGGCCGUGAGCAGCAGUCCCGACAGUGAUCGUGACGGCUGCCAACCGCUCAGACACGUGGAUAGUACCAGCAGCACCAACCACAACAACAACAACAGCAACAACAGUGACGAGUCGGAUGACUCCGACGGCGAACAGACGGGGUCGUCGCCGGCGGUACCGGCUAGCAUGAGCAAGACCACCACUAAUCGCACACCCGAUCUCUGUCCGCAGUUUAGCCGCUCGACGGUCGGCGGCUCGAAGGCCCAGCCGGCCGCCCAUCCGACGCCGCUCGAUCCGGACGAUCUCGUGUUCGAGUCCCGGUUCGAGAGCGGCAAUCUCGGGCGCGCGAUCAAGAUCACGCCGACCUACUACGAGCUCUACCUGCGCCCGGACAUGUACACCAACCGGCACACGCAGUGGUUCUACUUUCAGGUGAAGAACACCAAGGCGAAGGUAGUGUACAGAUUCUCCAUCAUCAAUCUAACGAAACCGGACAGCCUCUACAAGGAGGGCAUGCGGCCGCUGAUGUACUCGACGAUGGAUGCGGAAUGCAAUCAGGUCGGCUGGAGACGGUGCGGCGACAACAUUGCCUACUUCCGAAACGAGGACAACAGCAAUGGAUACAAUUACAGCCACUACCAUCACCGGCCGGCCGACGACGACGAGGACGAGUACAUCGGCACCAGCUCGUUCACGCUGUCGUUCAACAUCGAGUUCAAGUACGACGGCGAUACGGUCUACUUCGCCCACAGCUACCCGUACACCUACUCCGACCUGCAGGACUAUCUGAUGUGCAUCCAGCGCAACCCGGUCAAGUCGAAGUUCUGCAAGCUGCGGCUGCUCUGCCGGUCGCUCGCCGGCAACAACGUCUACUAUCUCACCGUCACCGCGCCGACCACGCACGAAGACGACAAUCAAAAGAAAAAGAAAGCAGUCAUUAUCACCGCACGUGUUCAUCCGGGUGAGAGCCCGUCCUCCUGGAUGAUGAAGGGUCUGAUGGACUUCAUUACCGGCGAUUCGUACGUGGCAAAGAAGCUACGGCACAAGUUCAUCUUCAAGCUGGUGCCGAUGCUCAACCCGGACGGCGUCAUCGUGGGCAACACCCGCAGCUCGCUGACGGGGCGCGAUCUUAAUCGCCAGUAUCGCACGGUGAUACGCGAAACCUAUCCCUCGAUCUGGAACACGAAGGCAAUGAUAAGAAGACUGAUGGAGGAUUGCGGAGUCGCGAUGUACUGCGAUAUGCAUGCGCACUCGCGCAAACACAACGUGUUCAUUUAUGGGUGCGAGAACCUCAAGCGGCACCCGGACCGACGCCUGCUGGAGCAAGUCUUCCCGCUGAUGCUGCACAAGAAUGUGGCAGACAAGUUUUCGUUCGAGAACUGCAAGUUUAAGGUGCAGAAGAACAAGGAAGGCACCGGCCGGAUCGUCGUGUGGGUGCUGGGCGUCACCAAUAGCUACACGCUGGAGGCGUCCUUCGGUGGCAGCACGAUGGGAGGCCGCGCCGGUACCCACUUUUCAACUGCGGAUUACGAGCACAUCGGACGGGCGUACUGCGAGACGCUGAUGGACUAUUACGACGAUAAUCCAAUCAAAGUAAAUUAUUACCUAAGACGCAUUAAGAAGAUACGCAAGAGGGAGAAAAGGCUGCGGAAGGCGCAGCGCACAGAGCAGUGUGCCGAUACAUCCAUCAACAUAAUCAAACACAUACAGGAAAAGCUGCGCAUGAAAAUUCUCACACGCCUGUCGAAGGAAGGCUCGAGCGCGGAGGAGCCGCUCAACAUACCGCUGUCGGACUACUCGAGCGACGAGGGCGACACGAGCAGCAGCAGCUCGGAGGACGAAGGAAAGGACAGCAUGGCCGAGCUGGAGGGUCCGUGCUGUUCCACGCUGAAGGUGCCCCCGUCCUCGCCGGUGCUGCCGCAGAAGCUUAAGGGCAACAAGAAGAGCAAGAAACAGUCCGUCCCGCUGGCCCGACCGCCGACCUACCGGCGCAAAUCGCACAGCGUGCAGCGGAUCGUGCUGGACAUCCCCACCACCGAGCCGGCGAGCGACUUCUUCGAGUACACGUCCGAGGACGAGCUGCUGCUGCCGCCGGCGGCCGCCUCCGACACCGAGAACACGGUCAAGCGCACGUUCCGGCGGCGCAACCGGCCCCGCCGGACCGACAACAUACGCAAGCUGACGCUGCUCGGCUGCGAAACGCAAUACCUCAUGCCGCCGGAGCUGAUCGUGCGGUCGGCGGCGAACCGGUACCAGUCGGAGGACGAGGACGAGCAGAGCAAGAUGGUGAUGAGCAUCAUCAAGGAGUUCCCGCCGGUGCUCGGGAAGGAGCGGGUCUGGCAGCGAUCGAGCGGCAGCGAACGAACGGUGGAGGUGAUGAAAUCGGCCAGCCCGGACCACUGCCAGGUGCGGUUCUCGCUCAAGCGCUCCAUCUGGACCGGCACGCACUCGGACGGGUACGUAAACGAUUGCUACAACCCGCGCCCGAUCUCGUGGGGCGCACCGCCCACCCUCGUCAAAUCGACCCACUACGACAACGAGGCGCUCCUCACCGCCUGUUCGCAGAAGCUGGCCGCCUGGAAGGACGAAAAGCGCAGCAUGAAGGAGAAGCACCACAAGAGCCUGCUGAAGCACCACUCGCACGUGCUGGGCGCGCACAAGGACAAGGAAAACCGGAGCGUCCGGGUGAAGAUCACGGUCGGGUCGGAGCAGUACGCGACGGCGGCGGCAGCGGCGGCGGCCGCCGCUAACGGCACCGCCGGCGGCAAGCACAAGCUGCCCGGCGACAAGAAAGCACCCGACCAAACGCCGGACGGUGGGCCGCCGGGCGGUGGCGGAGGAGGCAGCAGCAUAUCGCGCGUCAAGCGAAAAACGCGCUCGACGCUGAGCAAGAUCGUGGAGAAGGCGGAAAUCAUCACGCACCUGUCGCGGUCGGCCCGGGUCGGGCAGUCGCGCCGGCUGCUCACCACCAGCAGCUCCCUCUCGACGGCCGGCUCGCCCCGCAAGGCGCUGCUGAGCGUCCCGUCGACGGCCGGCCCGCUGUCCGCCGGGCCCAACGGCACCGGGAACGGGGGCGCCCCCGACCGCCCCAAUGGCGUCCCGUCCCCUGGCGUCAAGCCGGGCAGCAAGUUCCGGACGGGCGGGAUCGUUGUCACCGCCGCCCAGCCACUGCCCAAGAUGCGCAAAGCGUACGCCGGCCCGCGGGGCAAGAGUACGGCCUCGCCGAUCAAGCUGCCGACGACCAGCAUCGACAUCCAGCUGACCACCCUCUGCUCCGAGACGGAGUCUGAGCGGAACGUGAAGGUGAUUACGGGCAAGAAGCACAAGAAGAAGCGCACCGCCAAGGAGAAAAAGGAUAAGCUGCCCUGCUAGGGGGAGGUGGUUCAUUGCCCUCCCCCCUCAUGUGUGUGUGUUUGUGUGUGAGUAUGUGUGCGUGUGUGUGUGUGUGUGUGUGUACAUAGCGUUGUAUUUCAAGCGUUUCUUUGACGCGUUCAGGCGUGCUCCGUUCCCAUUUUUCCCGGAGCGCGAACGGAAGUUCAGUUUUGUAAGCAAAGCAGCAGCCGGGUGGUGGGGAAGGUGGAGGGCACACGCAAGCCGUACCAAGAUAAGCGAAAUGAUUUAUAAGCCAUUCUCAAGAACGACACACGUAGUGAUGAAAUAAAGCUGAAAUAAAACAAACAUACAGCAAUGAUGGGGAAAGCAUUGGGGGGAGGAGGCAAGGGGGUACUUUUUUCGCGACACAGCUUCUCCACUUCUCUCUCUUUCUCGCUCUCUUGGUGGUUGUGCUGGAU